CAUCAAAAAACUGUCAAAAAAACCUUAACAUUUGCAUCAAAACCUCCGUCCCGACAGUGUGAAACGUUUUACAUGGACAAAUACCAAUACGUUCUUGCAAUGUUAUUCGCCAUUAAUCAAAUCAACGCCAAUUCACUGCUGAUGCCGAAUGUGACAUUGGGCUACGAGGUUUAUGACUCCUGUUAUUCAGACUUGGCCGCGGUGGACGGAGUCAUGUGUUACUUGUCAGGAAAUCAAUCCAAGGUGCCAAAUUACAUCUGUCGCUCAGCGCCGCCAACAUUAUCUGCAGUGGUUGGAGAUUCGCCAUCGUCUGGGUCGGUUGCCAUUGCUCAAAUUCUGGGACUGACGCAUUUCCCACAGAUCAGCUACGCCUCAGCUCUUCCCUCCUUGGCCGAUAAGAUCCAGUUCCCUUCUUUUCUACGAACAGUCGGCACUGUGGACUCUCAGCCCGCCGCUGUGGUCCACAUGAUCAAGCACUUUAACUGGUCUUGGGUUGGCAUCUUGUCUUCUAAUAAUGACUAUGGAGACCAAGGAAGCCAGAAGCUAAAGCUGGAGAUGGCAAAGAACAGGAUUUGUGUGGCUUUUGCCAAAACCCUCUCCACUCCACCCAGCAAAGAAAGUCUCAACAGCAUCAUCAGCUACAUACACAAAACCAAACCCAACGUCAUAGUCCUGUACGCAUACGCCACCGAGCUGAUCGCCUUCCUGCAGGCUGUCACCACCAGUGGGAUCUCUGGAAUAGUCUGGAUCGGUGUGGGAAGCUGGGUGCCCUCUGCUGUCUUUACCCAAAGAGAUCUAUGGGCCACUCUCAAUGGGACCAUUGGUCUGGCCAAAUACAGUUCGAAUAUCCCAGGCUUUCAGAACUUCCUUUACAGUAUACACCCAGCAAAGUACCCCAAUGAUAUAUUUAUACGGGAGUUUUGGGAACAGGUGUUUUCCUGUAAGUGGAGCGAGAAUAUUAGGGGCAACGUAUCUAGUGUCACAUUGUGCACCGGCAACGAAGACCUGACCAAAGUGGACAGUUCCGUGUACAAUACCGCAAACUUCAGGUUAUCCGUGUCCGUGUACAAUGCUGUAUAUGCCGUGGCACAUGCUAUACAUGACAUGCUGACCUGUCAGGGUGGGACAGGGCCCUUCAGAAAUGGGAGUUGUGCAGAAUUUAAGGAUUUCCUACCAUGGCAGCUUUUCCAUUACAUUAAACGCGUGAACUUCCUGAAUUCGGGAGGGGAAAGAGUCGCCUUUGAUGAAAAGGGAGAACUGAAAGGACUGUAUGACAUUCUGAACUGGCAGGUUUAUCAAGAUCUGAAGGGAGAACUGGUCAAUGUGGGAAUCUUCGAUGACUGGGGCCCCAAUGGUGAAAAGAUGGUCCUGAAACAAAAGGGCAUAAUAUGGGGAGAGAAGUACAAAGAGGUCCCCCCGUCUGUGUGCUGCGACAGUUGCCCCCCAGGAUUCAGAAAGGUUCCCCGGGAAGGGCAGCCCUUCUGCUGCUAUGAUUGUCAUCCCUGUUCAGACGGAGAAAUAUCCAACCAGACCGACACCACCGACUGCAUGAGGUGCCCAGAAGAUCAAUGGCCCAAUGAGGACCGAGUCAAAUGCAUCCCAAAGAUCAUAGAGUUUCUGUCAUAUGAAGAACCCCUGGGCAUAGCACUGUCCACCAUCACCAGCGCCUGCUCCCUCCUCACCAUCUCAGUUCUCUGUAUCUUCAUCCAGUUUCGGGAUACUCCACUAGUGAAGGCCAACAACAGGAGCCUUAGCUAUCUUCUGCUGGUGGCCCUGCUCCUAUGCUUCAUCUGCUCCUUCUUAUUCAUCGGCCGCCCUUCCAUCAUCACCUGCCUCAUCCGACAGGCCGUGUUCGGGACUAUAUUUUCCCUUUGUGUGUCUUGUAUCUUUGCUAAAACUAUUACUGUUGUCAUUGCCUUUAGUGCCACCAAACCAAACAGCUCCCUCAGGAAAUGGGUUGGGUCCUCAGUUCCCAACUCUAUGAUCCUCACCGGCUCCAGCAUCCAAAGUGUGAUCUGUGUAUCAUGGGUCCUUAUGUACCCGUCAUCGCCACAACUCAACAUGAAGGCAACCAAGGGAGUCAUAACUGUUGAGUGUGGAGACAGUUCCAUUGCCUACUUCUACAUCAUGUUGGGAUUCCUGUGGUUUUUGGCUUUUUUGACCCUGCUCAUUGCAUUUCUGGCUCGGAACCUCCCUGAUGGAUUCAAUGAGACCAAGUUCAUUACAUUCAGCAUGUUGGUCUUCACCAGCGUCUGGAUCUCCUUCAUCCCAGCCUAUGUCAGCACCAAGGGAAAAUACACAGUGGCAGUGGAAAUUUUCGCCAUCCUCUCAUCCAGCCUUGGAUUGAUUUGCUGCAUUUUUGCCCCAAAAUGUCAUAUUAUUAUUCUAAGACCUCACAUGAACACAAAAGAGUAUUUAAUAUCAAAGAGUCAGAUCGUGAGGAAAACAUAA